UGGCGCUAAAUGUCCUGUCUCAUGUCAAAAAGUUCACUGUCAGAGAUAGCUCUUUCACCUGGAUGCUUUUUGAGUAUGCAAAUUGUAGACUUUGGGCUAAGCUAGCUGAGGUUGUUCUUCUCUCGCUGUCUGACUCUUUAGAGCUUUUGGGUGAAGGAAUGAGUCACAUUCUUCAUCCCGAAGGGAUGCUUGGUGCCAAGUCGAUGGAAAAGGCAUUAAUUGACCGCAGGCCAUCUAAUAAUGUUCUGUCAUGCUUGCGGCUCACUGAGUUGAUAUCCGAAAAGUCCUGCGUGGCAAAAUGUCUAGGACGGGUGCUUAGCGAGAAAAAGGGUAACUCGAUAGAAAUUACACAGUAUAAGGUGCAAAAAGUUCAAGGCUCCAUGAUAAAAGGAGAAAGUUCCGAGCUGGACAUUCCAAGGAAGAUAAUGAACUCUGGAGCGGAGAAGGCUUUGAAGCUCUGUGCUUUUCAGAUUGUUGUGCAUAGUCUGUGGUUGCAGAGGUUUGCCGAUGAAGGUCGCGUACGUCAGACCUAUUCUGCCAGGUACGUGUUCUGAUCAACUCUCAGUUUAACCUCAGUAAAGCGACACAAUACCGCUCAUCAACUGUGAACAAUUACCAGGGGGUCAAUUUGACAGGUUUUUAUUAGUGACAGGCUUUAAAAGGCUAGCCAAAGGUACAGAGUACAGGGUACCUUUGGUUCUAUAGUCUGAAACACAACACCAGCACCAGCUACACUGGUAAAUCACACUUGUAAAAGUUUUAUUGCAAUGAACACCAUGGUUAAAGAAAUCGCGUCUUGAAAUUGCAGCAAGUCUAAUAGGGAAAACAUUCAAUCCUUGGAAAGCACGGUAGUAUGCACAACACAAUUGGAUUGAAAUGGAACCCACUUAUUUUACAAUCCAAAUUGAAAAGAUGAAACCGCUUUCAGAGGUGACAACCCUCUACCUCCUUUACCCCACCCUGCCAGAGAUCCUUCCUUCACCGGGAAACCUGGCACCAGUUACCAUGGGUUUAAAUUUUUUAAUACUUAAUUUCAGAUUGAGUGUUGUUGCUGACUUAACGUUUACUUUUAUUGUUUACCAACAAAUCUGAUAUCCAUUGCAUUUAGUGCUUGGUGGCUAACAGACCUUGUUGCCAGUUCUGGAGUUGAAAGCCUGGAAUACCUUGUUCAUUACAAGGGAGAUGUCACAACUAUCCUCAAACAAGACGACCUGCUGGAUCUUUGCGAGAAAGUUCUCAAAGUAAGCCAAUGGAUUUUGAAAGAAAUGCGAGGAUUGGGACAAGGAAUUAUUACUUCCUGUUAUGACCACGGGUUUCUUUUAUUCUGUAAUGCUUCGAAUCUGUUUCUUUUUCAAAGCAAAGUAGUGCAUUGUCAAAAUUUGGUUAAAAAUACCUUUGCUAAUCUAUAUAUUCAAUUCAUUUCACCUGAAAGCCAGGUCUGCGGUGCACUUGCAAGAAAAUUGCAUUUAUUUGUUAACUUUGUCCCUGCGCGUUUGUUCUUUUGCCCUUUGAUCACUGUAAAGCUGAUUUUAAAUGAAUCGAUUGGAAAACCGUAGCUGUCAUAUCAUUUUUUUAUUGCCCGGGUACGCGAGAGUCUAUAGUCUUUUUCCCCUUCUGUAGUUGCCUACCAUUCUGACUCCAGUUUCUUUAUACAAAAAAAUUCGUCAAGUGUGACAAAUAUCAUGACUGUUGUACUUAAGAUUGAAAUAAGGUUCUCAUUUAUCAUUCGCAGAAGCUUGAGCCGGAGACGCAAGUGAAACCCAUUGUUCAAAACAUUCUUCUCUCGUUGCUACAAAAAGCCAGUCAAGCUCAAGCGGAAGACAAAAUGAUGAGCAUCAUAUAUUUUUGCAUGUAUGUACUACAAGCUAACGUUUUUUAGAAUUUCAGGAACUGAGUAUCCUGUGAACCUCUAAGUGCCCCCAACUACAAGUGACAUGUGAUGGGAGACGCUUUCUAGAACUAGUUGGCGCUUUACAAUCAGCAGAAGAGUACCUGUAGAUAUUCGAGAGAUUCUUGCGGCAAUUACACAAAACUAAGCUUGAUUUAGGUCCACUUGAAUGCUAGCGUUUUGCCUUGCCUAUGACACGAUGAGGUAGAAUACGACGUCACCUCUUUUUUGUAUUGCUGUGUUCUUUUUAUUCUUUCCCAAGAUUUCAGGUAAAGAGGGUCUUCAGGUUAACGUGCACUAGUUAAUUUAGAAACAUACUCCAUUUGAUGCAAGAGAGAAUGAUCUUCUCUCUUGUUUGAUGCCAUUUUUGCUAAAUGAACGGGGUUGGUAUUGCCCCAAUUUAUAUCUAGCAGUAAAUAGAGGUUCCCUCUCUGUGAAGUAAAAAAUAAAAUCGGUUUUAAACUUAACUUCCUUAAAGCCUUAGGUUCAGUAGAUCUUAGAGAAAUGUAAAAUCGUAAUUAUAACUGAAGUUAAACGAAGAAGUCUUCAGGCUAAAGCAUUACCUAAAAUAUAAGUAAAUGUUUAAUAAUAUAAUAGGUGACAGAAAUAUGCAAUUUCCUUUCAGAUGUUCAUUUAACUCUAUACGUGAAUAAAUUCCUGAUCUGGGCUUCUGUUCGGUACAGAAACACAUGAGAAAAACAGAACCUGUUCUUAGUAAGAAGUGUUUUUUAAAUCUUCCAACUGGACAACGGAAUACUCGAGUGCUGUGGUUUUUGAAUGACUGAAACACCACGGACCACUUUCAUUAUCAGUGGCAUACGUUUUCGUGGCUUUGAGAACGGAUUAGUUUACGUGAUUCUCUGAUCUCAUUGUGAUUGGUUAGUUACUUUAAUUUGGCUAUGGUUUUUGAACGCACUCUAUAAGUAGAAAAAGACGGCAGGCAAACCAAUUCCAUUUCUCAACAGAUGCAAAUUCGAACUCAAAUCUCUAUUUCAAAGUUCACUACUUUACAAUAAAAAAACAUUCUUCUUCCUUAUUCUAGUCUGAGGAAGGAGAAUAAAAAGUGGUUUCCAGUGUCUUCAAGUUCUUGUGUGUAAUUUCUCGUACAAUGAUAUUGACUGGGUUGGACUGUGCAACUCCCAUGCGCUGUCGUCGUGCUUUAUCCGAUGGAUAGCGCUAUCCAAUAUUUGAACAACAGGGGUUACUAAUUGUCAUUUCUUUCCAAAAAGGGGGAUUUAUUCGGUCCUUACAAUACUACUUCUACACGUAUUGUUUUUAGCGCCAUCUACAACCUUAGGAUGUUGAACCACUUGACAACAAAAGGGUCGUGAUUUUCAAAACCUUGUAAGUUUCAUCUGGACUUACUGUGUGUACUUAAACGAGCGCCCUGGUGCUUAUUAAAUUUUUAGACUUAUCAAUUUGAGGGAGGUACUAAUUAGGGGAGGCGCUUGUUUUGGUAAUGUAUUAAUUUUAGGAAAUAGAGGUAGUACGUAAUCUAAACAUUUCUUUCUUUGUUUACUGCUCGAAAAGAACAGACGAAGAAUAUCACAAGAAUCAGUUUUUCGGGAUCUCUUUCAGAUCUAAAAUUAAUAAUAGUUAUCAAAACAAAUGAAUUAACCAGCAUUAGCAAGGUAAAAAAGUUUCACAUCAAUAAGCGCCCCAUUUGUUUACUAAGCAAUGUGCUCAUUCUAGCUUAAGGUAUGUAGAGUUCGUCAAUAGAUAUAACGCUUCGAAGAUCAUUACUUCACCUGCACACAUUUCGACACGCAUUUCUAAUAAAUAGGGGGAAUCGAUGUGCACCUCAGCUGGAUUUAAUGCCGUGGAUUUGUACUGGACUUCAAAAUCUUCAUAGCAGCAACUCAUUUGCUCCGUUCCAAGUGCUCAUCGAUGCCAGCAAUGGAGUGCUGGCACAUUACAAGGAAAGGCUGGCUAAAGCAGAAAAAGACCUUUCAGAAGAGAAACUGUGGAAAACUAAUCUGUUUAUUACACGACUUAAACCAGGGACCACUGAUGAGGAUUUAAUUGAAAUGUGUAGUAGGUGAGUACAGAGUUUGUGAGUACAUUCACACCAGAAAUCAGAUAUAUGUUGACCGCCAGAGAGGCGCUUGAAGUAAAGCCUGAAGUGACUUCUGAUACACUGCUAGACAUUUCUUCCAGUAUUUUCAUUGUGUUGUAAUAUCAAUGUUGAAUUGUAGGUGUCAAUGUUUGAACUGUCAAUCUUUGAAACCCUUUUUAAGGCCAAGUGUUAGUACAUUUAGGGUGAAAUGUUAUUUAGGCCUUCUUCACACGUUACUAUAGUCUCUUACGCAGCCGUUUUUGUUUCGUCACGCAACGCUCCUCUCCAAGAUACUCAAACUACCUGAGAAUUGUCUUCAGUUUGUUUAACACAUAUUAUGCAGGUUUAAACAUGGGAGAAUAAAAGUCUGUAAACAAAUUGCAAUACAGCCUCUUCCAUCAAACCAUUCACUGAGGGCUUGCUAUUAUUUUUUUAUAUGCGCUGUAGUUAAGAUCGAUCAUGCUCAACCUACGUAUGAGUUAAGAUCGAGUCAUGGAUGUUCCCGGGAAGUUUGGAAAGCACAAGACACCUUUACGCCCCGAAUAACUGUAGGUUCUUGACUGCCCUCCGAACUAUACCCAGGUGACAUUUCUUGACACUUUAUGCUCCACAGUUAUGGAAAUAUUAUCUCAACAAAGGCUGUUUUGGAUGACGAAACAAAAAAAGGUAAACCAAAUGCCUUUUCUUUUGCAGCUUCUUGCCUAUAGCAUAAGAUCAAUAAUGGACAAAGUCUGAAGAUAUAAUGAAAGAUAAUUUGAACAAAUCGAACGAAUUUCUGAUGAAAGCAGCACUAGUUCCUGUCGCAAUCUAGUCUUGUCCACGGAAAAUUUUUGAGGAAUUUUUUUUCUUCACUGACAAGUCUGUUUAUUGCUCUAUUAUUAAAAAACAGCCAACAUAUUUCGUCAGAAAGUUAUGGAAUCUGGUUAUUUUGCCUAAAUAGCCUUACAGAUACCGUUUUGCAAUUUCUAAAAUUCGAAAAUCGAUCGGGCGUGUUAACUUCAGCAUUCUCAGGAAGAUCCCUUUCCCUUCACCCGUACACGAACAUCUCUCGAGCGAACUUCAACGAAGUGACUAAUCAGAACAACGUUUGUUGUCUUUACUGAUACUAAGCAGACAGGACCUUGGCCCAUGUUCCCCAUUCUCGUUGCAAGAGCUGCGAUUCACUUUGUCAGCUCCGCGGAUCGAUCGCUGAACAAAAGGAUCGCAGUUUCCCAGAGCUCUCUAGGCGGAAGAGCUCUGGGUCAAGAUAAGGAAAAAGGAAUGGUAAUUUUGCAUUCUGUGCAUGCUCAAUCUUCCAACUGUCAUCAACCAUUUGUGGAAAAAAGCUGAUAUAGUGCUCUACUUAUAAACAACAUUUUGGACAGUCUUGCUUCCUCAUUUCGUGGCCAGGUAGUGACCAGAAAACUGCUCUGUUUCCUUCAAACGGUAUUUUUCGGAAAAUUUCACGGGACGAUAGGGUUGGAAAACGUGACCUUCAAAUCACUGAAUCUAGCUGUGAGGAUUCACGCAGUUGCAAUAGUAAUCAGUCAUUGUAUCGAAGUUUAAUGGUGGCCUCUAAUUUUUAACAGGAUACGGAUUCGUGGAUUUUGAGUCUUCAGCUGAAGCCCAAAAAGCAUUAAAGGCCUUGAGACGCAGAGGAUUUCACGCCCAAAUGGCAAAGGUACAGGCCUUUGUAAAUAGGCAUUGUGUAAACUUCUCAAACUUGUCCCCAGGGCUUCCCUCUUUAAUAUUUUCACUCCCAUAAGUAGUGCUGUGCCAGCAGGAUUAGCAGUUUUUUGGGGGGCAGCAAAAGGGCAGUAAAAUUCAAUAAAUAGUUCACGAAUAAAAUGCGCGGGAAACUUGUUUAAUUUAUGCUGACCAUGUUCAGGCAAGUACUAAUAAUGACGUCAGUUCAGCUCAGUAAUAACCCCAAUUUGAGAACGUUGACGUAUUAUUAUAAAAACAUGCACAAAAAAACAAUUAAUAACUUAACAAGGAUCAAUUGAAACAAACAACUAAUCAAUAAACACUCCCAAUAAAAUGAGAUACGUUUCUUAAGACACAAGAAAUCAAAGUUAUGACCCUUUAUUAACAUAAUUGCAAAAAAAUAGAUUAAAUAAUCUAUUGAAAUAGUCAAAGAAGGCAAGCCACCUCAUUUAUUCUAUACAUUUUCCAUCCACAAAAAAAUCGACCUCAUAUCGACCAUAGACUCAACUUUUUUUUUUCAACACAGCUUCGUGCCACAUUUCUAUUGUUUUCCACCACUAUCACAUUUCUGUAGUUUUCUCUCAACCUCCAUCACCACAUUUCUAUUGUCUCCCUCCAUCACCACCACUGCCACCACAUUUCUAUUGUUUCUCUCCACCACUACCACCACAAUUGUAUUGUUUCCCUCCUCUACCACCACCACCACGUUUCUAUUGUUUCUCUCCGCCACCGCUACCACCACCACCACAUUUCUACUAUUUUCACUCCUCCUUUUGUUUUGUUAUUUAGAAGGUCACAGGCCAGACAGGCCAAAAACCAACCUCAGGCCAAAAAGGCCAAACGCAAAUAACAAAAUAAUAGGAGGAGUGAAAACAAUAUAAAUGUGGUGGUGGUGGAGAGAAACAAUAGAAAUGUGGUGGUGGUGGUGGAGGAGGGAAACAAUAGAAAUAUGUUGGUUGAGGAAAACAAUAGAAAUGUGGUGCUGGUGGAAAAACAACAGAAAUGUGGCGAUGGUUGUAUACAGUUUCACUAUUCACGAAGCUGUGUUGAAAGAAAAGUUGAGUCUAGGGUCGAUGUUGGGUCGAUGUGAGGUCGAUUUUUUUGUGGAUGAAAAUAUAUAGAUUAAAUGAGGUGGUGAAGGAGGAGCGAACACGAUAAAAUUGAGGCGGAGGGAAUGAAAAAAAUUGAGGAAGGAAAAUAAUAAAAUUGUGGAGAAGGAGGAAAAUAAAAAUGAAAGGGAGAGGGAUAAGUAAAACAUUGUGCACAGUGUAAAAAAAAAGGUAGCUUGCCUUCUUUGACUAUUUUAAUAGAACAUUUAAUCUAUUUUUUUGGCAGUUAUUUUAAUAAAGGGUCAUAAAGUUGAUUUCUUGUGUCUUAAGAAACGUGUCUGAUUUUAUUGGGAGUGUUUAUUGAUUAGUUGCGUGUUUCAAUUGAUCCUUGUUAAGUUAUUAAUUGUUUUUUUGUACAUGUUUUUAUAAUAAUACGUCAAGGCUCUCAAAUUGGGGUUAUUACUGAGCUGAACUAAUUUGUAUGCAAAUGUGCGCAUGUUAACUCGCAUAGUUAACUGACUAACUGCGCGUGAAACGCUGAGACUUCAAUAGUUAGUCGUUUCCUUGAGAUAGAAAGGAGAAAACGGUUUUGUAAUAGUCAGACAAAAUUGACAUAAAGAGUUUUCAGCUCUCCUUUGUGUAUGUGUGUUUUUUGUUUAUAUAUAUCCGAUUUUUAGCGCUAAAUAGAAGACAUUAGCCGUUUCUAAUGGGCUUGCUAAACUGUCAAAUGGACCUUAUGGUGUUGUGACGUCAUUACUAGUGCUCGCCUGAACAUGGUCAGCAUAAAUUAAACAAGUUUCCCACGCAUUUUAUUCGUGAGCUAUGUAUUAAAUUUUGCUGCCCCCAAAAACUGCUAAUUCUGCUGGCACACCACUACUCCCAUACAAACAGAUUUUGUGGGGAAAGAGGUUGUUUCCCUUGGAGCCCGUCGUUAAGUGUUUUGUAGCACAUGCGAUUGUCAGACGUCUCUUUAUGACAACGGCGAAUUUGAAAGAUGACCAAAUUAUUGUCCGUUUAUGGUAUUUUAAAUUGUCGUCUACUUUGCACUUUUUGUCGUAAACGCGAUGCUUAACCUCUGUAAUGAAUUCUUCUCUUUUUCCCCUUAAUGGCUGGACUCCUACGAAGACAUUUAUCUAUAGGCUACCUUAUAUGUAGAGCACUAUGACUGUUUUUCUCCUCAGCAACAAGGGAAAGACCCCACAAAUUUAUGUUUUCUCUACCUUCCAAUGGAUUUCGAUGAACCGGUAGGUCUAUCUUUCUAUUCACUUCUUUUUUAGUGUCCACAGGGCUCAAAAUGGCAACCGGUCAACGGUCAAGAUGACCAUUUGUGCGGACAAACUUUCCGUUCGGCGAUCAUCUUAACCGAACACGUAAAUAAGCAACCAGAAAAAAAAUUUCAUUUUCGCGCCAUUACCUUUCAAGGGCACAUGCAUCUUUUUUUCGCUUCAUGCUUUUGCUUGUUAGGCUAAUACGGGCACGUUAUCGUCUUGUUAUUUUUAACAUUUUGACGGGUCAGAAGAGAGACGUGACGGAGCUAAAACUGAUUUAAUUCUCUGGUCCAUACCGGUAGAUUUUUAAGGAUAAGGUUGGUUCCACUGAAUUCCAAAGAUGAUAUUAUUUUUCUAGUCUCAAAUGAAAAAGAUAACGAUGAGUUAAAUUACUGAUCGCUCCUCCUCUGUACUAACACGAUUCUUUUCCAAACCAGCAUUUUUUUUCGGAGCUAGGCUUUCCUUUGCGUAACGCCAUUCUGUUCGUUUGUGGGAACGAAAUUAUCCCUUAUUUGCGCUAAAAAGAAUUUUGAAAGUUCUGACGACGAAAUCCAUUGCGAAAUCUUCUUCACAGAACAAAACUGAUCUUCGCAGUCUCUUUUCAACAUUGAAGUUCGAAAAUCGUUCCUUGAAUCGAGGCGAGUGAGUAGGAAAACAUCAACAGGGAAGCCUCAAGGAUUCAAGAGCCUCUGACACUCAUUCGGCAAUCGUACUGAAGCUUUCCAAAAGGCUUCCGGUUUUUUCUUGUAAACUCACCCACGAAAACGCCGUCGUCUUAACUUGCUACCUCUGGGUCUUUGAGGAUGCUUUCAAAGCAAGCCGUUAAGUCUACAAUGUCGCAGUUGGACCUGUGUGGCUGUUAUUGGCCGAAAAGACCUCCUCCUCUUAAGCAAGAUCCGUGAGACGGAAUUUCCACCCUCGCCAUCGAAACGAGGCUGUAAAAAAUCCGUUUUGCUUACAGAAGAAGAGUUCUCGAUUGAUGACAAAAGGUCUGUUUGAGCUUUGAAAAUUGUUCUUAAGCUACGCGCAAACAGAGGCAACAACUCCCAACAUUGCUUGACCAAUCUCAUGCAGACUCGUCUGGCUUUUCACAGUAAUCAUAGUAACUUAAACGUAUGAAGAUUUCUUUAGUUUUGUAGCUGGUGCCUUAAGUAAAGGCUCUAUUCUUUUAAGAAGCGUGCAAUAACUUGCAACACUUUUAGAAUCAAGUCGUCAGAGUUACUAACUGUUUCAUUGAGUAGAAUCUCACGUGACAACCUCGUUAAUAUUGAUGAGGCAACCAUCUACACGACGAUGAAAAUCAUGACAUUUCUUAGCUAUUCGGUAUUCGACGAACUUCGUUAUCUUAAGAAACCAUUAAGAAACCUUGAAACCUUCGAGUCUUCCCUCUAAGCAGCAUUUGGUGAGUUGAUAUUCAUAGUAUUUAAACGAUUUGUUUAUUUUGCACCAGAUUUCUGAAGGAAAGACAAAGAAAAGUGAAUCUCUAGUAUGAGGAUCGACUUAGCUGUGCGCAGCGGUUCUCGUUUUCUUUAAUGUACAGCAAUACCCAAUAGGCCAUUUUACAGUUGUGUAUGGAAGCGAGGCUGAGGGUGACCUUGUUUUGAUACAAACCUUCCUGCUUUAUUAUGUAAAUCAAGUUAUUUUUAUGCUAACCAGUAUUUUUCAAGAACAAUUUCCAUAACAAAGCAAAGAAGGUUUGUAUCAAAACAAGGUCACCCUCAGCCUCGCUUCCAUCCAUAACUGUAAAAUGGCCUAUUGCGCACCAAAAAAUAGUCUUAAUUUAGUAUUUGCAGUAAUUUAUUGGUUAGUCGGCACUAUUGCUUUUCUAAAUAUUUAGUCGUUUACCAGAAAAUGCAUAAAAUUUUAGAAAAACAAGAAUAAUUGUCGUUGCUUUUGUUCAUCAAAGAAAUUAGAAGCUAUGCUAAGGAAAUAUGGAAAAGUACAAUCAACCAGGAUCUUGAGAGAUUCAGACAAUAUGAAUAAGAUGGUAGGAUUUGCAAGGUAAUUUUUCAUUCUCUUCUCUGUUAGUUCUUUAUAAACUCCUCAUUAAUAAACUCUUCCAAUUGGGAGUGUUUUCGCAUAAAAGCUCUAUGCUAGGUACCACACAGAAAACACACAAAAAGUAAUGGGCAAAAUUCUGGUGGCAGGGAAGCGCUUAAAUCUAGGGGUAAGGGGACCAAGAGAGAAAUCCCCCUGGGAGAGACAAGAUCGAGUGGUACCGGGGGUGAGCCACCCUGGACAGGAAUCCUGAUCAGUCUCCGGGGGUGAGGCCCAUAUCCCCUAGUCACUAGGAACUAAGGGGAACCAGGAGGGGGUGGCCCUCCUGGGUGGAGUGCAGAUCAGGGGGUCCACACCCUGGAGGGGAUAUUUCUCCGGACCUGUCUCAAAGGGCUAAGCCUUACUGUGGGGUAAAUUGCAGCUAGUGGUUGCACUUCCCUGCCACUCCUUUUAUUGGGAAGCAAGACAGUGGUUCCACAUCCCCGAAACCUAAUGAAGGAAUGAGACCUAGUCCAGUAAAAUACCAUAAUAUAAAUGAUUAAUCUUAAAGAUACAUAUAGAUGUAAAGGAAUAAAAUAAUGAUCUGCUUGAAAUACGUUCUGGUCGUGCUAAAUAUAUAGUGAACAUAAGUAAUAAUCGAAAGAGCUAAACAAAGGUUCCAGUCAGGACAAAGGGUGGGUGGGAGGGAAAAAACGCUGUUAUGAAUGAACCGAAGCCCUAAGCGAACUGAGUGGGAAAGGACAGUGUACGGCAAAAAGAGGAGCACAUGUGGAUGAUGAGCAUGUGAUAAUAUGAAUGGAACCUUUGUGGAGUCUAGUAAAUAUAUCAUGCUAAUUUACAGUGGACUUUGCCAAAGAAGAAGGAUACAUUGUAAUCGAACAACUAGUUAGUGUUCAUUGUUCUUUCUUGUACUUUGAACUAGUUUCUACCGUAACUUAGUACAAAAGCUUAUCCAAAUGUUGCACGUUGUUUAACGUAAGAACAGAGACAUGAUUGUUGCUAGUAUGUCAAUAAGUGUGCUUUCAUGGGGCAUAAUUCUCAGGUUUAUUAACAUCAGUUUAUGCUACCAUAAACUUGAACUUUCAGGUGAAAACGCCGUGAGCAAAAAUUCAACGAUCCAGUUUGACGCCAAAAAACACCGGGUGUCCGUUUCCAGGAAAAAGCCCAGACACUUGUAUUUAUUCGAAAAUGAUUUUAAUAUUGCGUACAAUUUCUGUACUUCCACUGACCUAUUUCAUAAAAAAUUCCUCGUACGUUCUGAAUGGGUAAUACAUACACUGCUUCAAUUUGUCGCUCAUGGAAGGUAGAAUAGGAAAAGUUAUCGAGCUGUCACCCCAAAAAUGGGUUCGAGGUCGCUGUCGCUUAGCAGACGGGUUUCAACUAGGACUUUGACUGGGACAAUUCUGGCGUUUUAGAAAGGUGGUCGCUUAUGAGAGGUGGUAGCUUAGCUACCUGCGGUUUAAUCUAAUUGUAAAUGUAUAGUAAACUUGAAACUUGAAAACUGAAACAAGUCUAAAUCACUCGGCUGUGACACGUGUUUAGAUGAAAUUUUGAUGGAGCAUUGUGCUUGCUUAUGCAUGAUCUCGCAAUCCCUGACCAAUACUUCCAUUUCUUGUGAUGCUGUAAUUUUGUUUAACAGUUAUAUGUCACCCUGUUAUUUAUUAAGUGUAUUCAACUCUAGUUGCUACUUUACGCUACUUCAUUUCCUUUUUAAGAAUGGAAAAUACACACAUUUGCAAACAGAUUAUUGAAGACUUUAAUGGAGAAAAGAUUGAAGGUAAGUAAGCGCCUGAGAAGUGUACCGCGACAGCUUCAGUGGUAUACAUAGUAGAUUUACGAAUUAUACCUUUUUACAAGGGUUAUAACGCUUUUUCUGGCAUGCCAUUAGUUUGCAUUGCGGCCUACUCCGACUGGUACCAAUCCUAAAUUAAAGGUACAACGAGUUUCCCCGUCAUUUGUUUUUUUGUUUUUUUGUUUUUUUUUUUUGGGGGGGGGGGGGGGGGGGGGGGAGGGGGGGCCCGCCGGGGGCGUGGUUGUGAAAAAAUUUUUAAAUGUCAAACCCUUUUUUUCCCCUUUUCAAUUUUUUAGUAAAUUUUCUUUUUCCCUUUUUAAUACCCUUUUUAAGGUUUUUUGGGGUUUUUUUUUUUUGCGAGGGGUUUGUUUGAAUGUUUUGAUAAAAAAAAAACCCCCCAUGUUAUUUAGUGGGUAUUUGUUGUAUCUGAUCUGAGUGUGUUUAUGUGUUUUUUUAGUGUGUUGUUUUUUUUUUUUUUUUUUUUUUUUUUGUUUGAGGGGGUUGGUGGUUUUGUGAGAGGGGGGACCCGCCUGGGACUUGAUUGUGAUAAUAUUUUUACAGUUCAAACGCUUUCUUUCCACUUUCGAACUUCAUAGUACAUUAUCUAUUGCACGUUGUAAUAGCCUUCGUAAGGUAUUUUGGGAUUUAUCUUGUUAGCGAGCGGUUAUGUUGAAUGCUAUGAUACAAGAAGCAUCCACCUGGAAGACAAAUCACCGGUGGAUUUUAUAAUGCCAAUUUUGACGGGUUCUUACCGUUUUUAUAGGAAUUAAGGAGCUUUGAGUUUGGACGAUCGGCUUAAAGAAGAACCAUCCUUCAAUUAUUGUUUAACUGAAGUGUAACUGAAACUUUGAAAUUGGCCAAAAGGGCUUCGCCAAGGCCCCAGAGGGAAACAGACACUAACACACACGAAACGAAAAAAAGGAAAGCCAUUUUCACUUUGAAUAUUUCAAAAGGCAUUAGUUAGGAAAUAAUGUGUUGUUUAAAUAACAUUUUCAUAUAGAAUUUAAUUCACACUGCUCCCACGGAGUCUGGGCUACCUCUGCUAUAAGUGCCCUUUGUACACUUUGUAUAUGUUGUGGCUCAAAUUUAUGGAUAAUAAUGGAUAAAAAUGGAUUUCAAACAAAGGAAAAUAAAAUUUAAACCAAGGUUAAAAAUUGAACUACGGCAUUUACACGCAGUAUUCAUACUGUCCGACACAGUUUUACCAGCCUUGAAUGGACGACAAUUUUGAUGUAAUAAUAACCACAUUUUGCAUAGCUAAGCACAUGUACAACGAAGCCCGUUUGUGUAGUUAUCAUUCAUGUGAAGAAAUGACUUUGGCUCUCAAACUGAAUUAUUUGGUAAAACAGUUUCUUUAAGUGGUUGACGUGGAAUUGAAAAUAAUAAACCUUCUUACUGCCUUCUUACAGGAAAUGUCAGAUCACUUGUCGUCAAGUUUGCUGAUUUAGGUCCCAGGAACAGACAGAAAUCUCGGAAAAAUCAUGGUAUGAUAAACGUUUCUGAGUAAAUGAUACAGAUAAAUAUUAUUGAAUUAUAUAUACUGAACUUGCAUGUCGCUAGUGCUGUUUUUUAAAUUCACAACUUCUGAUAACGCAUUUCCAGCUUUUUCAUUGGCUGAAACACGAUUAACAUCAAUUAUUUUUCCUUCAAAAUAUUUCUCUGUUUCUGAUUGGGUGAAAUCCACCAGCAAAUUCGUCAACCAGCUAGUGUUGACCAAAUUUGGAAGACGUUUACGAAAUCCAAUAAAAUGACAUCAUCGGUGCAGGAUAACAACAGAAAAAGGCACGGAAACCGAGAAGCCUUGGCGACUACUGGUUAGCUAAGUUGAUUUGGUAGAGCCAGUGCAAAUGGCCGAAACUUUCUACUGCCUAAAAUAUAGCAAGAAGAGCAAAAAUACAACUCGACGGAUGACAAAUGCUACUGAGGAAUAUCUGCUAGCGUAAACAUCCUUUUUUGCGGGCGAGCAAAAUUCGAGCCCGCAGUCGUAUUUUUGGUGGAGUGGUCAGCGACACUUUUUGAAUGUAUAGCGGGGUUCUUCCAAAAUCUGUCCAGAUUCUUAGGAUCCUUUUGUUCUUCAACCUAAUGUGCAUGGUAUGUGGUACAGAGAGAGCAAACCGGUUCCAAUGACACCCAUUAAAUGGCCAUAAAUCGGCUCGGAAACCACACAGGAAAGAAACACACAACUUAAGCAAGGUUAGCCGAUUUUUAUUUCAUCCUUUUAAAUUCGUAGGCUACAGGAACAAUUGCUUUUUCUCCCAUACAAAUCCUUACAUUUUGAACGUAGUGCCGGUGGGCGUAUUUCGAGCUAGGGCCACCGGUGAGCAUAAAUAAACAUUAGUGAGUCUUAACGCAGACGUAAUGAUAUUUUCUGUAAAAUGAUCCUAUCCAUGUGUGUCCGGUUGGAUACUGGUUUUGCGGUAGUUUGCUAUUACAUACCACUUUUAAAGAUUUGCUGCGUAAACACUAUAACAUUGUUUAUGAGAUGUAAUUAGCAACAACUUUCUUCAAAUUCUGUUUCUGGCUAUAGCGAUUGUCUUGGUGCUGUAGAUCGUGUGGUCUCCAAAUUACGUACUGUUAUGGUAAAGAUUAUACACUUCAACAGCUGAAACAACACACAACACUACAAUAGCCAACCAAUAGUAACCAACAGUUAUUUCUUCAACAAAGGGAAAGACCAGUACUAUCUGUUCUUCACUAGAUCGUUUGCUUUUUCUUUUCAGCAGACAGCUCUUGUUCAACUAAUGGGCAGGGGGUGAGUAAGAACAAUCAAGUCGUAAAGAGAUUUCUGUUAUUAAUCAUGAUUGUCCAGACAGAUCAGCCUGUUCCCAAAUUGUGCGAACGAAGUGAUAAUUUCAUUUCCGGAUUAGUCUGUUAGAGAAAGAUCAGAAAAUCGUAGGCAUGUGACGUAAAAAAAGGCUUUGAAAGGUAUUAAAAAUCACUGAUAAGAUGCAAUGAACUUCUUGCCAGUCUCGUUGAUUUGAACUCAAGUUGCCAGUGAGCUUACUCGCUCCAAGUAACUGUAACAUUUCACCGUCCGGAGUCUGUGGAAACUAAUUGAAUCCUCUUGUGGCCAUUCAAAUAAAAGUUCUUCAACAUUCUUGUACAUGGCACUAUUUAUGUUCACUCACUUCAUUAAAUUGUAGUCGAACCUCUUCUUACUCCUCGCCGCUCUAGACAGAUCUGAUUACGUUUAGUCUCAAAGAUGCCAGACUUUAUACAAUCCCUGCUUCUUUUACACGGACACCUCUGUUACGUGGAAACUCAGCUCUGCUCCUCUGUGCUCUUAUUAAAGGUUUGACUGUCUUUAAUGACUGUUGUCCUGUGAUAAAAAAUAGUUAUUCUGCUGGGCCUUCAAGAUAGGGGUAAUGAUCUACUUCAUUAAUGAAGCAAGAUAUGCUACCACGUUGUAUUGGCCAUUGCAUUUGCACAGUGACAAUUAGAGUGGGUAACGAGUACAGUGGAGUGUGAACAAGGACAGUGGAGAUCUCUUAUCGUCAUUUUUCUUGUGUCUUACUAUCUGCUUGUAACAGUUCUUGGGACAUAUCUCGCUCCAUCUUCAAGAGUUCUUUCCUUUUAAGCGAACAAAGCCCGUAAAAAGGCCCGGUAACUGAGUAUAUCCACCUGAACUCCCUGUAAUGAAAAAAGGCCGAACUUACGUUCGAUUAUCAAGACGGCGCUAACUGCAAUUGUUUUAAACUCUAUUAAUAAAAACACCCGUUUCGUAUUGGUUACACUUUGGUUAACAUCUCAAGUCCUUUGAUGGUGUAUGGCUAAAAAUAGUUUCCUUUUUUAGGGGCGCCCAUUUUACGAAGAAACACAUGAGGACGAUGAAUUAUUUUACGGUGACGAAAGCUGCGACAGUGUGUUGGCCAAGAGAAAUCCGUACAGAACUGCUGAAGCGCACCCAUUUCUGAGAAUCGCGUUUAAUCUGGGUAUGUUGGGACUAGCAAAACUGGCAGAGAAAGGUUAUGGAACGAACCACGGCGGGUCUCAGUAUCGUCGCGCCAUUUCCUCCAUGUGCAGGUUUGUGGUCUUUUACCCGUGUGUCCAAUCUAUUAACUCUUUCCUUGCUAGUCGGGAAAUUAAAUUUUAUCUGAUCUAAUUAUAAGAAGAACAAAGAGUACCAUGAAAAAGUACUGCUAAAGAUCUCGAGGUUUUAUGUGAAAGGCCACAAAGACUCAAGAAUCAUAGCAAAAUCUAUAUAUAUGUCCAUAAUUACUGCGAGUUGGGGUAAACGCCUGUAAGCAAAUACUAGUAAAUAGGACAAUCUUUCAAUCUUUUCUUAAAUAACAUGAUCUUUCGAUAAAAAUGUCGCUUGACACAGGAAUAAACUCAUAAAUAAACCUUGUAGUGUGGCUGUUCUCUUCUCUCCAUGCAAGCCUUACCACAUGUCUUACUACAAGGAACAACUACUUUUAAAAUCUCUCAAGUUUUAGAGACAACAAGAAAGGUUAAGAGAGGUUGUGUGUGAUUUUUCAUGAAAGAUAUUUUACUCAACACUUUUGCCCUGCCAGUGAAAUCCUUUCUGUAAUUCCUGGUCAACAGUUAAAGAGAGAUUGAGCCAAGUACUUUAAGAGCGCGUACGUUUGAGAGUGUUCCAUAAUAAGAAUACAGUCAACUCUCGCCUUACGGACACCCCGCUAAUACGGACAGCUGCUGAAUAUCAGGCGAAAACUACAGACAUUUGACUGAAACAAACUCCCGCUAUUACGGACUUGCGGACACCUCUCUCGAUCCCGAGAGCACAAUUUUAUUGUCGUAACUCUCGUUUUAACGGAGAUCAAUCAGUAUCUUUUGACAUUUUGGCAGAAUCACCUCAGAUUAUAAUUUAUUUCUUCCUCUACUUCUCUUCGUCUCUGUCUCUUUGGUUGAAAAGUGACGAUUUCCGUUAAACAUGAUCCUUAUGUGAAACUACCGUCCUUACUUCCAAAAAACAGUCAUGGUGUACUUAAUGUACAUAAAUUGGUUUUUCUAGUACCGUACUUUAUGGUUUUUGUGUACUACAAAUUUUUCAGUGACUGUUGUGGUGAAUGAAAGGGAGAUGCAAGUUUUGUUCUGUAACGAUUUGUCUUGUGUGUAAAUAAAGUGCUGACACACUAUCCAGUUUUCGCUCUCGUCUAUGGUAAAAACUAGAAAUCCGGUGGAAAUAAAUAAUUACAUGAAUUUAUUAUAUGGCGACAAUAGUACGCGCUCUCUGAAUUAACUAUCGCCGUUAGAGUUACUACAGUCGAACCUCCCGUAAGCAAACACCCUAAAUGCAAAGACUGAGUGGUCGCUUACGAGAGGUGGUCGUUUACAAGAAUCGAACCACAGGGGCCUUUUCCGAGAAGAGGUCCAGGCACAUCUACUUUAUGGAAGCUAAUUUAUUGCACCCAAUGUCUAAGUUACGACGUGACAAGUUCCAUGUUGUCACUAAAGUUCUUCGUAUAUCCUAAGUAGCAUAGUGCACAAAGCGAUCAUAGGGAUCAGGGAAUGCGUCAAGUGGUCGCUUACAAGGGGUUAAAAACAAAGGAAAAUCAUUAACCGACAGGCCCAAAAAGUGGUCGCAGUCGCUUACAGGAGGUGGUCGUUUACUAGAGGUUCCUACUGUAAGGCUUUGAAUGGGAAAAUUUUGGUGUUUUGGAUUGGCGGUCGUUUAUGAGAGGUGGUCGCUUACCAGAGGUGGUCGCACGUGAAGGUUCGACUGUAUUAUAUGGACAGCAGUGAAGCAGAAACAUUUUUUACGUAAAAAGGGACCCCCCCCCCCCCUGCAUUUCAUUGAGU